AUGCUUCGAAAAGCGGCUUUCCGUAUCGACACUUUCAAAACGUCUCACGCUAUCGCUCUUCAAAAGUGGCUUGUUGAUUUCAGCCAGAUCGUCUCGCUCUACUUUUUCGUUCAAGAAAGCGUGAUUUAUCCGCAAAUUCUCUCUCGCAUUGACAGCGACGACCGCACAUUGAUCAUCGAAUUGCGCAAAAAGACACAGCCACUCAUCGAUGAGUUGUUAGAGAUUCACAAAGGGUCCCUCACCUUUGUUUCCGCAUGUCAGGGUCGGGAUGACGAAAAACUGCUCAACUUUGAUACUGCUUCUCUAUAUCUGGCUCUACAACAGUUAUCCAAGCAGGUGUUCAGGUGCGUAGCUGAGCUAGAGAUCUUCUUCACCUGGGAACUGGACCACGUUGCGCCAGAAAUAAGGAGCUGUAUGAACAGGAAAGAAUCAAGGGCUCUGCAAAGAAACGCUAUCAUGAAAAUCUUAAGCCAACGUGUAGGGGAGGAUUUGUUGGGAGCCUACUCUCACUGGGUCCCGUCGGAGGUCAAAGAACUGUACUUUGCUAGCGUCGAUCGUUUCAAGUUAAUUCGUCUGCGGGGCAAAGAGAAAAAGUGGAUGCGGACGCACAAGUCCCUGCAAAAGACCUUGGCGUCACGGACUUUGUAG